ACAUGAAUGCAAAUAUAAAAUGAGCUGUACCUUAAAAAAAUAGAAUUUUUGAGAACUGGUGGUAGAUUUCUGACCUUUUAUAUGUCAAUCUCUAAUAUUUUUUAAUGAAUUGUUGGUAUUUACUCGAUAACCUAACUUAACCGUCGACCUGAAACCCAGCAAUACCUGAUCUCCAUUCGUCUCACGUCAGGUUUCUCAUAUGUUAAAUAAAAACACAGCCGAUUGUUUAGUCCACCACCAAGAAUCCCCACAAUUGUUACCCAAUUUCCCUUACUCUACUCAUCAUUAUCUUCCCUAUCGAUUGAUUAAUCAAUCAAAAAUGACUAUCAUCGUCAUAAAAUCAUGAUGCAGCAGAUCCAAUCGACAAGCGAAAACAUGGAGUGAACGUAAACACAUUUAGGUGAAAAUUCUUGAGAAGAGAAAUGAAAGAUUCGUGUGCGUAAUCGGUGAAAGGCGACGAUUUUUUUCAGCCGGUCAUCAUGUUUUACAUCUCUUACUAGUGUUUUAGACGUGUGGAAGACGUUGAACUAGUGAGGCAUUUCCAUUGUCACUGAAUUCCCUCAGUUUUUCAUGAUCGCGAUAUUUUUUUCCUCAGCGAUUCAUUGAUUUCUUGGAGUUCGACGACUUUAUGUUGUUUGUUUAUUGUUCUUCUUAAUUUUCGUUGCAUUUAUGAGGGGCUAUAAAAGAGGAGAAUGUUCUCCACAGUGUAUGACUUUUUGAAGAAUUUUGAGGAGAUUAUUGUUGACCACAUUGACGUGGAUUUUACAUUAUGGCUCUCAUGGCUUCUCAUGCCAUUGCUAGUCACGUUUCUAUUACCUGUUGUUAUUCUCUUACUUCUGUACAUGACUGCAUUAAUAUUCUACAUUUACAAAUUACACAGAAAACGAUUGAGAGAGGCUUACGGAAAGGACUGGAAAUCUGCAGCGAGAAGUGUCGUUGCUGCAAUUUGGGAUGUCCAUGGAUAUAUUUAUUAUGGAUAUGAAGUUGUUGGAAUCGAAAACAUUCCAAUGGAUUCCCCAGUAUUAUUUAUCUAUUACCACGGUGCUGUACCCAUCGAUCUCUACUACUUCAUAGCAAAAAUUGUUUUACUCAAUUCAAAAGUCAUUCACUCGGUGGUGGAUAAUUUUUUAUUCAAAGUACCUGGAUUUGCUAUCAUCUGUCACGUUAUGAAGUUGAUACCAGGUACGAUUCAGACUUGUUCGGCUAUUCUGAAGGAGGGGAAUAUGCUCGCAAUAUCUCCAGGUGGUGUUUACGAGGCACAAUUUGGUGAUUCUUAUUAUCAAUUAUUGUGGAAGAACCGAAUGGGAUUCGCUAAAGUCGCCCUCGACGCUAAAGUGUGUAUCGUACCAAUGUUCACCAAAAACCUAAGAGAAGCGUUCAGAACGAUGAGUUGGGGCAGAAGAAUGUGGCUGAGGAUCUACGCAGCCACGAGAUUUCCAUUUGCACCACUGUACGGUGGUUUUCCAGUAAAACUAAAGACAUACGUUGGCAAACCAAUUCCUUACGACAGUAGUCUGACACCAGAAGAAUUGAAAAACAAAGUAGCCAAGGCCCUCGAGGAUCUAAUCAAAGAGCACCAGAAGGUGCCUGGAAGCAUAAUGAGGGCUUUGAUUGAGAGGAUCUACGACCCCUCGAGCUCUAAAGAUCAUCACUCGUAGUCUUAAUUUAUAAACAAUUGCGGCGAAGUCGUAAAAAGAGGUACGUUGACAGUUCUUCGAUCAGUUUUUCGGAAAUAUCUUCAAAACUAGGGGAGAUAAUGAAAUUUUUCGCUAAACUUCUUCUGCAAAGGUAAUUCGAAGCGAUAAAUCAAGUUAUUACUGAAAUUUCGCUAUCUUCCUUAGUUUCGGAAAUAUUUAAAAAAACACCAUCCAAGAAAUGAGUCAAUUUAUUCUGUUUUACUACUCCGUUAAUGAAAUUAGUGAAGAGAUUUUUUGUUGGUCGGCUUAUCAAUCUUCAAAAGUAAAUCAUAAUUCUCCCGAUCCAUUGAAAGACCAACUUGCCCUCUAAUAUAAGAUGAUUUAGAGAUUUUAGGUGAUUUUUAAGAAGGCACACUUUAUAAUUUUUCGUUCAAUUCUGUUGAUGAAUUCCUCGCCUUCCUCAUCGAAUCUCAGAGACUUAAUUUAUAUUUAAAAAGUUAUUAUACAGUAUGAAUGGAAUGGAUUAGUCCCAUUUUGGAUAUCUAGCUUGUUAAUUGGGUGAUUAAUUGGCGAGGGAAUAAGUGGAGAAUACUUUCAGUAAGGAAGAGGUAAAGAGCACGUUAACUGAUUCUUCAGUGCAGUUUCCAGGAAAUAUUACUGAAUCUGAGACAGAGAGCAUAAUUUUCCGCAGGAUCUAUUCUGCAGAGUGGAAUAAGAGCUAUAAACAAGAUUCAUAUAGAAUUUUCCAUAUUUCUCUUAGAUUCAGAGAUACUCUUCGAAACUUACAAAUGAUUCAACUAAACUCAGUCCUUAGAGUCUUCCUACUUUUUUUUUUAAAUGUCAAUUUCCAUUCAAUAUUUGGAAGAAUUCUCAAAAAAACUUUCCUCUCGAUAUCCUCCAAUUCCUCUCAAUUCCUCUCCUGAAUAAGGAGUUGAUUUCCAUCUUGGAAUCGUCCAAAUAUGAUUUUUAAAAAAGAUCUAGUAAAUCGGAAUCUUGUGAUUCAUGAAUUACAUUCCCCAGUCGUUUAAUAAUGAAUUAUACAACUAAAAAUUCAUUCGACUUAAAGAGAACUUAGUGAUUAAAUCAUGAAUAAGUUACGACCCUGCACAAAUGUCCGAAAAACCAAUUUUGCUUGACGCAAUAAGUAUUUCCAUAAUCGUGUUAUAUUUUUGGCUACCUGCGGCAAUCUUACGAGAAUUAAUUAUCCUUUCGUGUUUACGUAUUUUAGGAUAGUACUACUUUAGAUUCUGGAUGAAAAACAAAUUUAUUUAUUGAUUUUAUACUUCGGUGGAUAUGUUGACUCUUUAUGUUUUCUAAUUGAGAAUAAAUCAGUCUCAUUAAAA